AUGGGUCGUCCUCCGAAGAAAGUCAGCUUGGAGAAUAUUCAGCGGUUUCAGCUGGAGCUCGAGAUGGCUGGACAGGAUACAAAUCAGUUGUUGAAAGAUAAGAAGGGCCGUUCUCGUGCUUGUUUGUUGUGUCAACGGCGGAAACAAAAGUGUGAUCACAAGAUUCCCAGUUGCACCGCGUGUUUGAAAGCAGGUGUGAAAUGUAUCCAGCCUGCCAAAUAUGGGUAUGACGGGGCUGUAGGAGAGCAGUCAUCGCCGCAGUCUAGUGUGGCUACUGUUACUAGAGGAUCAAGAACGGGUACGGCUAACGAACAAGAUAAUAGGCAUGUUGGUGCAACAACAACAGAAGGCAGUACCGUUCCUGUCCCAUCGAAUAAAAAAUCUAGGGCAAAAGUUAAACAAGAAGGCAGCGUCAUGGAUACUAUGCCUGUCGGAGGUCUUGAUACUCCUAUUCCCAAUGUCAACAACAUCAAAAGUAAUAUUAAUGACCAUAAUAUCAAUACCGUGAAUCAUAGCAGUAACCUUAACAAUAAUAAUAAUGACAAUAAUACUAAUGGUAAUAAUAAAAAUAACAACAGUUUCCAACACGUUGAUAGUUCAAGGUUAUCUGAGUUGGCAAGUGCUGCUGGUAGUGCUAGCCCUUCGCCAAGCUUGCUGAGGGAAUCAUCCCAUGAGGGCAAGAAAAGUAAGACAAAGAGAUCACAUAAAGAUGGAAAAGAUGAGUACACGUUGUUCUUGGAAAAGAAGUUGAAAUAUCUAGAAAAAUUAGUUGACAUGAAACCAGAUACGAACUCGUAUAAAGAGAAACUCAGCAAAUACAAGAAGGUUGCUCAUCUUUUGGACAACGGAGAACCUGAUCAGGAUGAUAUAACAACUGUGCUUCCUCCCACGGCGGCACAACAAACUGCACCUUCUAAUACACUUGCUGCUUCGCUAUCACAGCAGCCGAAUGGGGCAGCAGGGGUAGCUCAGGAUCAACAGAUAACGAGGAUUAGGUCACCUAUACUACCUCCGCCUCCGAAAACUAAGUUUUUACCUCUACAUCAACAGUCUCAAAAUCAACCACAACGUUCUGGCAUGAUUAAGCCUCCUCAUUCUCAUGAACGAGCAUUGGAAUCCUUAGCAUCUGAUUCUCUCGAAUCAAUCGAUUAUUCACGUUGCAUUUUCGCAAAAUACAACUUGAAAGAGUUCUUGUCAUAUGAUCCAGCUUUCGAAUUUGAUGAACAAUUGAGUAGAGCGUUUUUGGACACCUACUUUACAAGACUUCAAUUCAAAUAUCCACUUCUAGAUGAACAAGAGAUUUACACUUUCCACAAUGAUUAUAUUAAUAAUAAUGUUCACUCAUAUUCAAUCAAUGAAUUCCAUUUCUCCUGUGGUAGAAUGUGGUUAGUUUUCAGCAUUUCAGCCCAUUUACACAAGACCACUGGAAAAUACCAGGGGUUGCCUCCAAAUAGAUAUUUCUCAACUGCAAUUCGUCAUAUCACCAAAUGUGGAACAAAUUUGACUUUUGUUCAACAGAUUGAAGUUCUCAUUUUGCUCAUCUUGUACAUUAUUCGAACGGAUCGUGAUUCAAUUGGAUUGUAUGAGAUCAUCAAAGAUGUCACAAACAUCUGUAAAAAUAAGCUUCAUCUGAACAAAUGGAAUCCAAAAGAUCCCUUUGCCUAUAAGAAAUUGAGGUUGUUCUGGUGUGUUUAUUUGAUCGAAAGAAUGAUUUGCGUCGCAGUCGGCAAACCAUAUACCAUUAACGAAUCUGAAAUUGACCUACCAUUUUUCAACAAAGAUAGCUUCUACACAAGAGAGACGGAUAUGGCUAAGCAUGAACAUGGGGUUCAUUUUAUCAAUCAAUCUUUGAAACUACGUCGCAUUGAAUCUACUUUCGUAGAAGAACUUAAUAUUAUAUCACAAAAGCCAGGUUCGUCUUCUUCCAACAUUCCGAAUCAGAAGCGAAUGACUACAGCUGAAAUAUCUAAAAUACAGGCACAAUUGCCGCAAGUUAAGAAAUUCUUCCAAGAUUUAGAAGUAUGGAGAUCUAAGUGUUCCAUUACACAUGUCAGAAACUUCGAAAACGAAACAUUAAAGUUAUACUACUACAGAUCGGUGAGGCUUCUACUACAGCCUUACUUAGAAUUGUUGAAACCACAUGACCGGCUCUUCAAAGAAUGUCAGGCAGCUGCUGGUCAAAUUUGCCAGCUAUAUAAAGUCUUUCAUCAAAAGACCGUUUUCGGUCAUUCUACCCCUGCUGUGCAUACCGUUUUUGUUGCUGGUGUCACAUCCAUUUAUUGUAUGUGGCUAGCCAGGAAUUGGGAUGAUGAAAGAAGAAGGAAGUUAGGUGAUGUUUCCAAACAUACUAGACCUCUUGUCAGCGCACUACUAUUUUCUACGAUGGAUGAUCUAAGGGCUUGUUCUGUGUGUUUGUAUGUAAUGGCUGAAAGAUCAAAAUUUGCAAUCAUUUUCAGGGAUACGUUCGACCAAUUGAUGAACGCAACCAUAGGUAACUUAAUCGAACGUUGUGGCCCAGAUUCCUCGGAACUAAUUUACGUCACCAGUUCUAAAAAGGGCGAGACUACUCCUACUCUAAUAUCCAUUCCAGAUAGGAAUGCUGACAAUGAUGAAACUUCGAAAGAUAUAGAUAGAAAGGGGAUGCCACCAGCAAUGAAGAGAACGUUUGGAGAGUUGCAAGUAUCUGCUCAUGCUGGGUUUGUCGAAAAUAGUCAAAUUGAUCUGGAAGAGCAAAGAGAAAGAAAGCGUAAACAAGGUGUACUUCAAAAGACUUCUGUUCCAAAAUCUUUAUCACAUUUGCUUGUUAAGGUAGAGGAUGAAGAUGAUGGAAUCGAUGACAGCAAAAUAACGACUUCGAAAGCCUCAUUAGCUCAUAGCCCCGAUGAGUUAAGCAAAGUCGACACUCGUUCCACUUCUGAGAUGGUAACACCACCAGAACAAGUCACUGCCAGGAACAAAUACAUUGUCAAGAAGCCUGCCAAUGUCACAGAAUCCGACUGGGAAAUAUUCCAGCAGCAAGCAUUUUUGCAACAACAUCAAGCGCAGCAAAAUUUACAGGCCUACCUUUCUUCAUUAAAUGGUGCUUUCGAGAAUAACAAUGCGCAAAUGAUGCAAUCUGCCAAUGGGAUGGGGUCUCAUGUGAAUAAUAGGACAGCAACUACUCUGCCCCCUCAACAAAAUCAAAAUUCAUUAAAUCCCAUCACUCAGAAUCAUCCUUCACUGUUUAGUGGUGGUGCUGAUAAUAAAGCAUCCGUAACUUCAUCUGACAUGUCUUCCCCAACCGGCUGGCAACACGGAAAUGCAGACAUUUUCCAAAAAAAGCAACCAGCCAACUUUGUAAAGUCUCCUAACACACCGUUGCACCCAAUAUCAUUCUCCGUCGGUCCUUCACCCAGGCCGAACGAUAAUGGUAUAAUCUUCAAUAAUGGUACCCAUACGAUGAUCAACAACAUCUCCACAUGGACCAACGACUCGGUUUUGGAUUUGAUGAACAGUAAUCAUUACGUAGAUCCACUGAAUGGAGGCAACAAUAUGGGCAACCUAAACGGAUCUUUACAAUCAUCAGCGACAACAAAUGAUCAAAAGACUUUUGUCAUGCCCAAUCGAGACAACAAUCCUGGCACUCUGAAUAACUCCCUGAAUUGGAGAAACUCUUCAUUUACCAACAUGAAUAUGAACUUCAAUCAACCAGAUAAUCAGCAAGGUCAAAGACCACCGCAACAGCAACAACAACAGCAAUUGGAAGCUAUGUUGUCAGUUCCCGUUGAAGAAUUUUGGACCGUUAACGACGAUUAUGGAUUCCUCACUUGA